AUGCUCUUCACUUCAGUCUUCACCGCUCUCGUCACUGUGGCUGUGGCUAUACCCACAGGCCCUGUUGCCGUUCGUAGCGCCGACAAGGGCACGCCUGCUAAGCUUGGUGCUCGCACAGAAGCCGAGAACAAAGUUCAGGCCGACUUUGACUGCAAGAACCUAGAUAGCUACAACGAUUGCAUCGCCAAUGGCUGCCCGUUUGGGAUCCCCCCGGGAGCUUGCUUCCCGGCUCUCAACUGCUAUAUUGCCUUUUGUUAA